GUUGGUCGGUUUUUCAAGGAUUACCUCUUCACUACGUUUUUAUCCUUCAUAAUAGAAAUAGCUGCGUAUAUCUUAGUAAGCGAUUUCCUAUUUAUUCUUUGUCUGAAACAGGCCAAAUGGGUUUACCAAAGAUUUUUACAGGAAUCGUUUAGAAUCAGGGUGGGUCAGCACUGACCAAUAAGAGGCCUUGUACUAUUUCCGCUCGGCUGUUUCAGUGACGUCAAAGUUGGCCGGCAUUUUGGAUUUCUGGGUUGAGAGAACGGGAGGAUUUCCCUCAGAUUUCCCCAAAAAUGUCGUCUGGAGAAAGCUAUGCCGACUUCUUGAACAACAGGAUCAGAAGUUACAAGCAUAAAGGCCGUGAUGCUGAGGCUAUGAGAAGACAGCGGAAUGAGGUUACAGUGGAACUGAGAAAGAAUAAAAGAGAAGAGCAUCUGCUGAAGAGAAGAAAUGUGCCAAGGAUAGACAGUUCUGAGUCUGAAGAAGGUGACAAACCGGUGACAAACCAAACGUUGGCCGAGAUCGUUCAGAAUGCCACCAGCUCAGAUGUGUCAGUCCAGCUGACGGCAGUGCAAGCUGCAAGGAAACUGUUGUCCAGUGACCGCAAUCCCCCAAUUGAUGACCUGAUCAACUCUGGCAUCCUACCCAUCCUGGUCCACUGUCUCAACAACGAGAAUGCCUCCCUACAGUUUGAGGCUGCCUGGGCCCUCACCAACAUUGCAUCAGGGACUUCACAGCAGACACAGGCAGUAGUUAAUGCCGGUGCUGUGCCCCUGUUUCUGGGACUGUUGGAGUCUCCCCAUCAAAACGUGUGCGAGCAAGCAGUCUGGGCACUAGGCAAUAUCAUUGGUGAUGGCCCCCAGUGUAGGGACUACGUCAUCAACCAGGGCGUGGUCAAGCCGCUCCUGUCCUUCAUCAACCCCACAAUCCCCAUCACCUUCCUGAGAAAUGUCACCUGGGUCAUCGUCAACCUGUGUAGGAACAAGGACCCCCCUCCCCACAUAGAGACAAUACAGGAAAUCCUUCCUGCGCUGAACGUCCUGAUCCACCACACGGACAUCAACAUCCUGGUGGACACAGUAUGGGCGCUGUCGUACCUGACCGACGGAGGGAACGAGCAGAUACAGAUGGUCAUCGACUCCGGGGUCGUGCCCUUCCUCGUACCGCUGCUCAGCCAUCAGGAGGUCAAAGUUCAGACUGCUGCGUUGAGAGCCGUAGGAAACAUAGUGACAGGGACAGAUGACCAGACCCAGGUGGUGCUGAACUGUGGCGUACUGGACCACUUCCCUGCCCUGCUCAACCACACCAAGGAGAAAAUCAACAAGGAGGCUGUCUGGUUCCUGUCCAACAUCACAGCUGGUAACCAGCAGCAGGUACAGGCGGUGAUCGAGGCAGGACUCAUCCCCAUGAUCAUCCACCACCUCAGCCGCGGGGACUUCCAGACACAGAAGGAAGCCGCUUGGGCCAUCAGUAACCUCACCAUCAGUGGGAGGAAGGAUCAGGUCCAGUACCUUGUGAACCAGAGGGUCAUUCCUCCCUUCUGUAACCUGCUGAGCGUGAAGGACACCCAGGUCAUCCAGGUGGUCCUGGAUGGGAUCAACAACAUCCUGAAGAUGGCCGACAACGUGGAGGCCAUCGAGACGCAGAUUGAGGAGUGUCACGGCCUGGACAAGAUCGAGGCUCUCCAGAACCACGAGAAUGAAGACAUCUACAAGCUGGCGUACGAGAUCAUCGACCAGUACUUCAGCGCAGAUAUUGAAGAAGAUCCUAACCUGGCUCCCCAGGCCUCCACUGAGGGCUUCCAGUUUGACGGUAACACCAACAUACCGGCAGAAGGUUUCAAGUUCUAGGCUAACAGAAUCCUUCCUUCAGAGAUGCUCGCUGGCAAGUGUGAUGAUAACGAAGUAAUCUUUGGCUACUGUGAAAUAUAACUGUAAGAAAACUGUCCAGGGUUUGAAACUAGGCCUGCCGGUGACAUGGGUUUCGGUGCUCUUAGUCAAGGUGCUAGCAAAAUU